UAUACUAAUAACAAAUAAGUUUGUAUAGAUAAAAUAGUUGGAACUUUGUUGUAAAUCCCUGCCAGCAGCUUAUCUUUCUAUCUAAAUAGAAGCCUCGCUUCAUAGAUAGGGAGGUAGUUGCUGGACUAUAGGAAAUUAUCGGGUUGCAGCGUGAUAUCUAUAGCUUUUGAAUUAUUUCAUAGUGUUAUAUUGUAAACAUAUUUACUGUAUUGUGACUUUUGAUAAUUUAAUAGUGUAUUUUGGAGUAUUAAUUCAAGCUGAUUGUUUAUGAUAUAUGAUAAUUUUAUAAUCAUUUGUAUCUGAUCAAACGGCAGGUAGCCCAAAGAAAAAUUUAUUAUAUAUUCGUUGUACAUCCGCUCGGUACACGUUACAAAAAAUUGGUGGCAGCGGUGGGAUCAUAUAGAUAAAAACACCAUUAUCUAGCCACACAUAUUAAAAUAGAUAUUUGUAAAAAUGGCUGAGAGUAAAGAUUUUAGUAAUAGCAAUGAGCUUAUUUUGUUACACGAAAAACUCAGAGAUUUGCAGCACCAAAAUGAAGCUUUGAAAUUGCAAAAUGAAAUAUCAAUACUUGAAAGACAGAUUGACAGUAUGCAGUUAUCUUUUCAAAAUCAAUAUGACUCAAACUAUGAAGACAAACAAACGUCAACACCGAAAUGUUUAACAAGACAAUAUGCAACACCUCUAUCAGAAAGAAGGCGACGUUUAUUACCACCGACCCCAGAUAAAAAGCCCUUUAAGAUAGAAAGUGUCUUAACCCCAUUAGCUGAAAAACAAAGGUUUACGGAAUCUCCUUGUGGCUCUGAUUUAAAUUAUCCGAGAGAUCGAUUUGUUACCUUUCGAAAGAGAAAAUCAAAACCAGCAAAUAAAACAGAGUCCUUACACAGCAACAUACAAAUGGAUACUUCAAAUUCAACAGAAAUAAAACGUGACCCUAAAAACUCAAAUUCAAAACGAAGUGUUAUGAUGAAGCCAGCUACGUAUGAUGGAACUAGCUCAUGGAUAGAUUAUAAAGCGCAUUUUGAAGCAUGUUCAGAAAUAAAUCAAUGGACAAACAAAGAAAAGGGUCUUUAUUUAUCUGUUUCAUUAAGAGGUCAAGCUCAAGGUGUAUUUGGCAAUCUGACAAGCAAAUCACCAAAUUAUGAUGAACUUGUAUUAGCUUUAGAAGAAAGGUUUUCACCACCCAAUCAAACCGAAUUAUAUAGAACACAGCUACGAGAAAGAAGACAAAAAGCUUCAGAAUCUUUGUCUGAUAUGAGACAGGACAUAAGACGUUUGACUAAUUUAGCAUACCCUUCAGCACCAUCAAAUGUGAAAGAAACUUUAGCGAAAGAACAAUUCAUAGAUUCUUUAGUUAACUCGGAUAUGAGGCUUAGAAAUAAACAAGCUCGUCCUACAAGCUUGAAUGAAGCAGUACGACACGCUGUUGAGCUUGAGGCUUUUAACAGAGCAGAACGAAAAUCCCAUGAAAACCAUGGUUAUAUGAGAAAAUUAAAUUCUGGCGAAUAUGAUAGUCCGAAAAAUCAAGAUGACAAGUUAGAUAGCCUGACAAAAUUAGUAGAGGAAAUUAAGAAUAUGUUAUCAAUGUUUAGACGCCAAAAUAACUAUCAAACUGUUGAUAAAAGAAACCGAAAUACUUCAAAGCAAAAUCAAAAUAAUAGAACGUCUUCAAGAACAUUUGCUAAUGGGCCAAAUACAAAUAGUUUGCAUUGUAAUGAGUGUGGUCAGAAAGGUCAUAAUAAAUACAAUUGUCGAAAGUUCAGUGGCAGAUCGAAACGAAAAAUUUAUGUGUUGGAGAAAGAUUGUGAAAACUCGUCUAAUUCGUGUGGUUCAGGGUUAUUUGUUGAAGCUACAAUAAAUGGGAUCAAAGCUAAUUGUUUAAUUGAUACUGGUGCACUUUCAAUGAUUUCCUCAAGUUUUAUAGAAUAG